AUUUUUUCCUCUCAAUAAAAUCACACAUUUUCUUGCCUCUCUCUUCUGCAAACUUUUUAAUCUUCAAGUCAAAACACAGUCAAUUGAGAAGUUUGAACUCAACCAAAGAGAAGCGUCUCUCUUGCACAUUAUUGUAGGGAGAGAGGAAUAUGGGGCAGUUCAUUAGUUCAAAACUGGCAAGCAUUUGGAGCAGAGUUGACAAAAGUUUGAACUACUACAGAAACUUUCAACAAAACUUGCUACUCCUAAAAAAUCUAUCAAGAGAUCUAAACACCCAAUUAGAAAAAACCGAACAAAGUUCUUCGAAAGGAAGCAACGACAAAUGGCAGAAGAAAGUAGACAUAUUGAUCGAUGAAGUCGAAGACAUCGAAAGAUCAGUAAGAAACUGGCAGGGCCUCUCGGUUUCUGUUUAUCUUUAUGGAAGGCUAGUUGGAGAGAAGAUCAAUGAGGCAAAAGAGUUGCUCGAAGAAGGGAACAUCUACUUAGGCAAAAACUUCAAAUAUGUGAUUCUUGGAGGGGGAGUGGCAGCAGGAUAUGCAGCCAGGGAGUUUGUAAGAAAAGGCGUGAACCCAGGCGAGCUUGGGAUCAUCUCGGGCGAGUCCGUGGCACCAUACGAGCGUCCCGCGCUCAGCAAGGGAUAUCUGUUUCCAAAGAACGCGGCGAGGCUUCCACAGUUCCAUGUGUGUGUAGGGAGUGGAGGGGAGAGAUUGGAUCCCAGUUGGUAUGAGGAGAAAGGGGUGGAAUUGAUCCUCAACACAAAGAUAGUAAAGGCAGCCCUUGCUUCAAAAACUCUCACAAGUGAAGAUGGGAGAAUUUUCAAGUUUGAGACUUUGGUAAUUGCAACUGGCUCAGCUGGGAUCAGACUUGGGGAUUUUGGUGUAAAAGGGGAUGAAUCCAAGAAUGUGUUGUAUUUUAGAGAUUUGAAUGAUGCUGAGAAAAUUGUUGAAGCAAUGAAAGCAAAAAGAAAAGGGAAAGCAGUGAUAGUUGGAGGUGGAUACAUUGGACUUGAAGUUGCAGCAGCCAUUAGGCUCAACAAUUUGAGUGUCACAAUGGUGUAUCCUGAGGCGUGGUGCCUGCCCCGGCUGUUCACGAAAGAGAUAGCCGAAUUCUACGAGGCGUACUACGAGUCGAAAAGGAUCAAAAUCAUCAAAAGAACGUCGGUAAUCGAGCUCGAGGCUGAUUCAAACGGAGAGGUAAAGAGGGUGAAGCUCAAAAAUGGGAUGGAGCUAGAAGCUGACAUUGUUGUAGUUGGGGUUGGAGCAAGACCUGUGACAGAGCUAUUCAAGGGGCAGAUUGAGAUGGACAGAGGAGGGAUCAAGACGGACGGGUUCUUCAAAACAAGCAUCGACGAUGUGUAUGCGAUAGGCGACGUAGCUUGUUUCCCAAUGAAGAUUUACAAAGAGAUGAGAAGAGUUGAGCAUGUUGAUCAUGCAAGAAAAUCAGCAGUGAAAGCUGUGGAGGUGAUCAUAGCACAGGAUCAGAAGGUUGUUGAAGAAUAUGACUACCUUCCCUACUUCUACUCGCGAGCUUUCGACCUCUCGUGGCAGUUUUAUGGCGACAACGUCGGGGAAACGUCGGUGCUGUUCGGAGACAGAAAUCGGGGAGCAGCGAAAGAGCGAAAAUUUGGGUGUUAUUGGAUCAAAGAUGGGAAAAUAAUGGGAGUAUUCUUAGAAGGGGGGAGUGUUGAAGAAAACAAGGCCAUUGCCAAUUUGGCAUGGAUUCAGCCAAGAGUUGGGGAUUUGGAAGAAUUGAAAGAGAAAGGUCUUUCUUUUGCUUUCAACUUUUGGGAUUUCCAACUCCAAAUAAAUAGUCUCUAAACUAAACAUCUCAAACCAACAUCUAUUUAUCUUCAGCAUUUGCAAAUACUUGUAAUUUCUUCUCUUGGUUUUUUCAAACAUGGGUGUGUUGGUAAUUUCAACUUUUAUUUCUUUUUGUGUUUUAUUCUUUU